AUGAUGUAUUAAAGAUAAAUAUAAAUAUAAACAUAAAGUUAUCAAGUAGAAUAACUUUAAGAUUAAGUUUAAAUAUAGUAUUAUUUUUUUGAAGAUUUUUAAAAUUUUGAUUAACCUCCUCUAUUCAUUAUAAACAGUAUUUUUUUGAAUACUUUAAAAAUGAUCCAAAUAACGAAAUUGUAACUUUUUAUAGAAAUAAAGUAAUUUCUUAACUAAAUAUGUCAAAUUUACUUCACUAUAAUAUAUAAUAUAAAAUUACAAAGAUCCAAAAUAUUAAUAAUUAAUAAUAAGGGAGAAAUAGAAAGUGAAGGAAAUUAUCUAACAAUUACCAUAUCCUAUUCAAAAUUCCAAAUAUUUAAAUUUAUAUCACUAAAAUAGUUUAUCUGA